AUGGGAUUUGCCGGCUCCGGCCAGGCUGGAGUUCCAAAGCCCCGGUCGCAGGCGGGCAAAUUCAACCCGCCGAUCGGCGAGGAAGUCCCGAUGAGGUCAAGGUCGGCCGCCUUGCCCGGCCUAGGCACCACGUUUUCAGGGGGACUUCCGGGGGGGAUUUCAAGUGCGCUCUCGGAAAUUUGUCCAAUUCAGGGAGAUUUCUAUUUUAUUUUUUACUAUUUAACAGUUCCAUCGGAUCAUUCGAGACGCGUAUAUCAGGGGGUUCGUGUCAAGCAUACCGUUAAAGAUUUGCUGGCAGAGAAAAGGUCACGGCAGACUAGCGGCCCCUUCAAGUACAAUACAGGAACCAACUCUUCUCAACCAUCACCUUAUGUCCAAAUGUCUGGUGCCCAAGUUAUACCCAGCUACUAUGGUGUUAGAAGACCGUAUCUAUCAGAUUCCGACUUGCCUCAUUGCCACUCAUCGAAGCAGUACUCAGCGGACGUGUACUCACCUUCAAUGGGCAGCAAGUCCUUUGGAUGUGACGCACCGGCGAUAUCUGGUUACCCGCACCUCUUCGACCCCUACAUUGCGGAAACGUUCGGAGAUUUCCGGGCGCCGACGUUCCCAUCCGGACCAAGUUCCAUUUUCACGCCUCAGCCUCUGACACCCCUCAUUCCUCCGUACCCCAAUGAGGCAUCCCAUUUCCUGUUGAGAGAUUCGUGGGAAAGUGUGCAAGAAAACGGCAGCCAGAGUGAGACGAUCUGCGACCUCCAGCAGAUGCAGACGUCGCCGAAUGACUGUCCAUCGCAACACCACGGCAACCACGCCCUGCCUGACACUGACUCUGCCUCUCCAGCCCAGUACAAGAGCGCUGGGCGCAACAGCAACGGGCCCGGCCCCAGUUCCCAGCCCUACUCUCUGUACCCGCUGGACGAGAUGCACUUCGGCCCCGGUUACCCAUCCACCUCGGCGUAUGGCUGCGCCCCCUUCAUGACUGUAACCUCCGAGCUGGCGGCCAAGUCCCUCCAUCUCACGUCCGAAGACUCGUCCGACACCCCCGCCCCAUCCAUGCUUGACAUGUCGCCCUGGGCCAAAGAAGAAGCCGGCACCAGCUGGCCUUUGUAUGAAGUCAGGCGGUCCUACUGAGGAGUCUUGGUUGCCUGCUCAAUUGUAAAGCUAGUUAGAUGAAGGGCUGGAGAUGUCUACAUCAAGUUGUAGUGGGCUUUCUGUCAGGGAGAAAUCAUUAAAAUACGAAUACACUUUUAAUCUUGCAUUAGGAACGGACUUGUGAUUGUUGGACAAAUCUGGUGCAGUCAUAGAAUAUGAAGUAAAUAGUUUAAUCAGACCAAACGAUGUGGCGUAAACUCAUUUGAAUGUUAUGGGCCUUUCAUGGAGUGAAGUCAAUGAACACAGGUAAGUGAGCCAGGCUUGGGACGAUAUUUUACACAGGGACAUUAGAGAUUCAAGAUUCAAGAGAGUUUAUUGUCAUGUGCCCCAGAUAGGACAAUGAAAUUCUUGCUUUGCUUCAGCACAACAGAACAUAGUAGGCAUAAAUAAA